AUGGCAUCUUCGUUGUCAUGCCCCUCAAAUAUACAAACUAGGUCUGGUCCACUUGAUGGUGACGUGUUGUGGAUGCAACCCAAGCAUGUUUCAGAACAUGUUUGGAAUGGGGAACCAGACAGGAAACUACACAUCAGACGAGCAGUCCCGACGUAUCAAGGUGAAGAACAAAUCCCAGAGGAAAUUGUUCCUUUGCUUCGCCAAUGUGGGUUUUAUUGGAUCAUGAAGAUGGGAUACCUAAAGAUAAAUUCGGCCUUAAUUACUGCGUUCAUUGAAAGAUGGAGGCCCGAAACCCACACGUUUCACCUGAGAUGUGGAGAGGCAACCAUUACUCUUCAAGAUAUGUCAGUUUUGUUAGGUCUGCGUAUUGACGGGGCACCAUUAAUUGGUUCAACAAAUCUUGUUUGGGCCGAUUUGUGUGAAGAAUUAUUAGGAGUCAGACCACAGGAAGGCGAAAUUGAAGGCAGUGUCGUCAAAUUAAGUUGGUUGGCUCACCAUUUUUCUCACAUAAAUAUUGAUGAGGGUAACAUUGAGCAAUUACAAAGGUUUACCCGUGCGUGGAUCCUUCGAUUCAUAGGAGGUGUCCUCUUUGUUAACAAAACCAGUAGCAGAGUUUCCUUAAGGUACCUACAAUUUUUACGUGACUUUGAACAGUGCAGCACGUAUGUGUGGGGACCUGCCGUGCUUGCGUAUUUAUAUAGAGAGAUGUGCAGCGCCACCGAUUACAAAGUUAAAUCAAUCGGAGGUAUGUGUAUCUUAAUCCAAAUGUGGGCAUGGGAACGAUGCAUGACUUUGGCUCCAAAGAGGACGCCUCCCGUCAUAGAAAAUAAACCACUGGGACACAGGUGGCUGCGACGUGGAAAUCAGCAUAUUGGCAAUGAUGAUCUUAGACUUUUCCGUCGCAAAUUGGAUCUGAUGAAACGACAUGAGUUUGUCUGGGAGCCAUACACACCAACUGUGAUGGCAGCGUUGCCUCCAAUUUGUGUGGUUGGAAGUGUAGCCUGGUUCGCGGUGGUGCCACUGAUUUGUUUCCAUGUUGUUGAGUGGCACCAACCCGAUAGAGUUUUACGACAAUUUGGAUUGCAACAACCUAUUCUCGGGUGUCCUUCGCAAUCGCAGAAUCUCCAUGGCAUAACGCUCAAAGGUAAACAAGAUGAGAAUUGGUUCCACCUGUUGGCCCCAAUGAUUAGUCAGUGGAACAAUCGAGCAGAGUUUAGGGUCGACGUUUAUCCUCGACAGGAGGGCCUACUGGGUUAUAACUCGGACUACAUGGUGUGGUAUAGGCGUAAAACAAAGAUGUUUGUCGACCCAAACAAUGCAAACACAGCUGCAUUGUCAAGUGUUGAAACUCGGGGCAUAGGCAGACGAAGGGAGCUUGUUGAAGCAGAACAAUAUUCCCAACAAAUGAUGGAGCGUGGUCAUGGAAUGUAUUACAUGCCAGCAACAUUUUCCGAAUAUCCUUCACAGAUGUAUCAGUAUCCUUUUGAAGGUCAUCACACUGAUACUUCUGCGAGCGAACAUUCGUUCGGUGGUGUUGCGGAAACACAAGCUCAUUUUUCAUGGCCCACUAUGACUCCUUCGCAGCAGCACGAUGCCCCCAUGGCAACACCUAACACCCCAUUUGCUCCGCAAUGGAAUGUACCCGGAGCAAUACCUGAUAUGGGCGACUUAUUAGGUGUUGAUUUGCGUCAGGAGUUUUCUGCUGAGGCUGAGCAAGCAGAAGCGGGGAGACAACACGGCAGAAGAAAUCCUGAUCGGGUUAGGGUUGGGGCUAAGGCUUAA